GGAGAAGAAAGCAACUGAUCACUUUGGAUGAUGGUUUCUCAAGCCUUGGGAUUCCACCACAUACUAGCUGUCUGAAUGAAGGACUAACAAUCUGGUGGAUGAUCAUCUUUGCCAUCACGUUACCGGUUUAUACCAGUGUUCAUUAUUUAAUUAAAUUGUACUAAAUUGGGGGGGAAAUGGAGUUUUGGUGCUUCCUGGCUUUAUCAGCUCUUUUUAUAGAGUCCUCAUCAACAAUUCAAGCUCCACACUAUAAUGCAAUGGAAAAUGAGGCUUUCAUUGUGUUGUGUCCCGGAAGAAAAACUGGAUUUGAAAUUUACUGGACUUACUUUAAUUCUAAUAAAAGCAUUACUACCAGUGAAAAAAAUCGGAUAUAUUCUUCAGGGGCCAAACUCAAAUUUCUACCAACUUCAAUGAAAGACUCUGGAAUAUAUACUUGCAUUAAAAAAAGCCCCACUCUCUCUUAUAGUAUAUGUGUGAAUAUCACAAUAUAUCCUCAAAGUUGUGUUAUCCCCAACGACCUGUUGUAUAAAGUAAUAAGUGGAACAUUUAAAAAGUCAAUGCUUCAUUGUCCUAGAAUUGAAUAUUAUGAUGAAAUAACACAUGUGGACUGGUUUAAGAAUUGUAAAGCUCUCAGAGGACAACAUUACUUUGCAAAGAAAGAUUACCUGAUAAUUCAAAAUCCAACGGCUGCUGAUACAGGCGACUAUACCUGUAAAUUCAUUUAUGGUGAAAAUGGAUUCAAUUUCACUGUUACUGCAUCUAGGUCAUUUAUAUUUCAAGGAGAAAGUAAUUACUCCAUGCGUCCAGAAAUUACUUCCCCUGUGAAUCAUCACCUCAUAGAAGUAGAGCUUGGAACCAAUGUGAAUAUGUCAUGUAAAGCUUGUUUGGGAAAAGGCUCUCAGAUGAUAGAUCAAGUCGGAUGGUGUAUUAAAGAGAAGAACAGUAUUAACUGCAUCAAAAAUUCUCGAUAUCAUGAAGAAAACAAAAAAAUAAAGUCUAGCAACAACUUACACUGUAGAGAUGUCACUUUAAGAAUAGCUAACCUGAGGAAAGAAGACCUCUCCUUGGAAUUUUAUUGUUGGGCCUUGAAUGAGCACGGAGCAAAAGAACACAGCGUAAGAAUCGGAAUAAAAAAGACAAUUGGUCAACGAAGCACCUACUACAUACUUGCAGGAUUUAGUACAUUGUUACUCCUAAUUAUUAUACUAACAGUAAUAUUAAAAGUACUCUGGAUUGAUUUGAUUCUGCUAUGGCGAGAAAUAGCUAGACCUUAUAAAUUCAGGAAUGAUGGAAAGUUAUAUGAUGCUUAUGUCAUCUAUCCCAGAAACUACAAGAACAGGACUGAGAGUGUUAAUUCCAUGGAAUAUUUUGUUCACCAGAUUCUGCCUGAAGUUCUUGAAAAGAAAUGUGGAUAUAGCUUGUGUAUCUAUGGAAGAGACCUUCUGCCUGGAGAAGAUGCAGCCAGUGAAAUGGUAAAAUCCAUACAGAAGAGCCGAAGACAAAUUAUCAUAUUGAAUCCCCAGGUGGAGCAUGGUGAGGAAUUUGCCUAUGAGCAAGAGAUCGCUCUCCACUGUGCUUUGAUGCAGAAUGACUCCAAAGUGAUCCUUAUUGAAAUGGAAACAACUGAUGACACCAGAGAACUGCCAGAUUCUCUCAAGCAUAUUAUUAAAAAGCAAGGUACCAUUGAGUGGAAGGGAGAUCAUGUCACCAAAAAACGAUCACUUAAUUCCAACUUUUGGAAGCGUGUACAGUACCUUAUGCCAGCGAAAAGCAAGUCCUUAGAUCCACUUCACAGCAGCAUUUGAAGACUAGGACAUUAUUGU